AUGUCGAUGAGCUACUCAGAGGCAGAGGCGGGCGAGCAAGAGGUCAACUACCUCGUCCUCCGCCAGCUCGCAAAGGACGUCAACGUCAGGCUCUCUGAUCCGCUUCAGGGCUCCCAGUCUCAGGCCUCCGCAAACCUCCUCGCCCUCUCCAAUCCAAAAGGCCUCGCUUUCGCCGCCACCACCCAGGGCUUCAUCGUCCUCCAGCUCUCGACCCUCCGCACCUUUUUCAAGGCCGCCGCACGAAACACUUCCCCCCGCGUCUCGGAACCCCUCCGCACCGUCGACACCACCUCAGAGGGCAAACCCGCCGCAUCCAAGGUCACGUUCCUCCGCACGGGCAAUGCCGACGCCAGCCUCGUCGUCGGCUUCGAGAGCGGCGCCAUUGCAGCCUGGGACAUCGACGGCCUCGUCAGUGGAUCGCGCCUCGACCCCGCAUUCGUCCUUCAGCCCCCCUCGGCCGACCUCAAGCUGCUCGAAUUGGCGCCCAACCCCUCCGACCGACCCGAGCUCUGCGUCGCCCUCUACUCGCAGCCCGGCGCGGCCGGCAUCGAUGCGGGCACCGCCAUCGUCCUCGACAUCACAAAGGGGAGCUGGGGCUCGCAGCUCAACCCAGACGCCAGCGUACGCACCUCGAGCCUGUGCUGGUCGGUCAAGGGCAAGCAGAUCGCGCUCGGCCUCGAAGACGGCGAGAUCCUCCAGAUCACUCCCGAAGGCGAGGCCAAGGACCGCAUCGCCAAGCCCUCCAGCCUCGAUGGCCCGUACUACAUCUCCGACAUCCGCUGGCUCGAGAACCAUGCCUUUGUCACGACAUACAACCAGCCGUCGUCGAGCGAACAGGAGCCGGAGCACUCCUACGAGGUCUACGCCGUGCUGCGCGACCCCAAGGCCAAGCAGGUCACGUUUGCCAAGUUCCCCGCCGACCCCGCCCCGCCGUACGGCGACACCUCACGCAAGGGCAACCGCUACGUCGCCUGGCUCAAAGGAUGGGAGCCAGCCAAGCACCUCGUCUUUGUGGGUAGCAGCCCGAGCACCGACGUCGGCCUGCUCGGCUGCUCGAGCGAGGGCGGGGGCGCGGCCGCGUGGUCGAUCAUGGAGCUCGACGAGACCUCCCGGCCCAUCCUGCCCUUCUCUUCGCUCGACAAGUCGUCGGACACGGCGCCCGUCGGCCUCGAGCUCGACCUGACGGCGACCGACGAGAUCGAAGACCCCAACGCGGCGGCGCGCGGAGACGGCAACGACAAGAUGCCAGCGGUUCCCGUCCUCUAUGUUUACACCUCGGACGGCGUGCUGCUGGCCUACGACGUCAUCAACACCCAGGGCGGUCCCUUCCCGGGCAUGAGCCAGGGCCAGGCCGCCUCGGCCGCCUCGUCCACACCGGCGCCCGCACAAGCGACGCCGGCACCGGAGGCCACGCCUUCCGCUCCCAGCACGCCCUCCGCGUUUGGCCAGACGAGCAAGCCAUCUGCAUUCGGACAGACCAGCACGCCAUCUGCGUUCGGACAGACCAGCACGCCAUCUGCGUUCGGACAGACCAGCACGCCGGCGUUCGGACGCAGCACAGCCUUCCAAGCGCCCCUGCAAACGCCCUCGCCGUUUGCUGCUCCUGCGAAACCUGAGGGCACGCCAAACGAGCCAAAGGGCAGCACAGCAGCACAAUGGGGAUCGGCUGCACGCACGACAUCAAACGCCGACGCGUCCGCCCGCCCCUCUGGCUUUGGCUCGACGGGCUUUGGCUUCGGUUUCAGCAGCCAGAGCACCUCCGCAUCGACCCCUGCGACGCCUGCAGCAGCAGACAAGCCGGCCGCCCCGGCUUCUCCUUUCGUCACCGGUAGCGCGACCACGCCGUCCACUCCGAGCACGGCGGCUGCGGCGACGUCGUCGACGACAAUGAUAACGACGCCUGCACCCGCAUUCGGCUCGACCUCUGCCUUUGGGCAGACGUCCAGCCCGUCGCCGUUCGCCAAGCCAGCUUUCGGACAGAGCUCCGGCUUCGGCAGCACAUCUGCCUUCGGCAAGUCGGCAUUUGGCUCUGCCGCCGCCAGCCCUUUUGCAUCCACGCCCACGACGCCUGCCGCCAAGGCCGAAGCCAGUACCGCGGGCAGCAGCGGCUUCGGCGGGUUUGCGUCAAGCACGAGCAGCGGCGGAGGCUUCGGAAGCUUUGCUUCGAAAGGCACGAGCGCAUUCGCCUCGGCUACAUCGCCAUCGAGCCCCGGCUCCGUCUUUGGCGGCGGAGGCAAGCUCGAAACGAGCACGACCCCCUCGAAGCCGUUCGGCGGAUCCGCCUUUGGCGCGCCCUCGGCGUUCGGUAGCACGUCGACGCCCACUUCGGCCUUCACCACAUCCGCAUCCGCCUUUGGCGCCACCAGCGGCUCCGCAUUCGCCACCAACAAGGCCGCCGAGGAAAAGGACAAGGUCGGAUCCGCUACCGACGAUGCCAAGGACGCAGGACCGGGCAGCGGCGGAAGCUUCUCGUUCGGAGGGCUCGAUGACAUGCUCGGUGGCGGCAAGGACGAAAAGAAGAUGGAAGGCGCGGAUGGCAAGCAGCCCGGCGGAAAGAAGUCCGACUCCGCGGCCAGCUCGCCGGACUCGGGCGUCAACACGGUCGUCUCGGCGCCCAGCACGCAGGCGCCCGCCUUCUCCUUCAACAAGGCCGCAGAGGGCGACAAGAAGCCCACCGCGUCUGCGUUCUCGUUCGGCGGCACUGGCGCCGCCCCGCAGCCCUCCUCUUCCUCGUCGUCUUCCUCGACGACCGCAACUGCGACCGCCGAAGCGGGUCGAGCCACCUCGCCGCCUGCACCCUCGCCGGCGUUCAGCAGCUUCAAGCCUGGAUUCGGUGCCGGGAGCAGUUUCGGCAACCAGCCCUUCUCGUUUGGCGGUGCGCAGAACGGCCAGCAGAAGGCGGGCGGCACGUCUGCCUUUGGCUUCGGCGCAGGCGCCGCAAAAGACGGCGCGCAGAAGCCGGUCUCUGCCUUCGCCCCUGUUGUUAAUGGCCAGACCAAGACCCUCGAAGGAAAGGAGGACCAGGAGAAGCCGGUCGAGGAGCAGGAUAAGACACCGGUCCAGGAGCCCGCCGAGUUCGCCAAAGAAGAGGCUCCGGAGAGCGUCGAGGAUAAGAGUGCCGAGUCGAAAGAGGCACCCUCGCCCCUGGCAGGCGGGCAAGACAAAGCAGCGUCGCCAGCGACCGAAGCCAAGGAGUCGUCCGCCAAGUCUGAUGAGGCACCUGCCAAGCCGGCCUUCAGCUUCGCGCCGAAGCCGCAGGAGAAGGUUGGCGGUCAGGACGUCCCCGCGAAGUCGGCCUUCUCCCUCCCUCCGGCCCAGCCUUCUGAGGACAAGAAGGAAGAUGGAGCUGGCGCCGCCUCAAAGCUGCCGAUCUCGCCUUCGCCGACGUCUGGUUCUGCGGACAAGAAGGACGCCGCGGCCCCGUCUGCAUUCUCGUUUGCUCCCUCACCUGCACCUGGAGCAGAAGCGACUGCCGCGCCCAAGAGCCCCUUCUCGUUUGCCGGUGGCAAGCCCGUCGAGGCUGGUGGAAAGCAGGACAAGAAGUCAGAGGAGCCCGCCAAGUCGCCCUUCGGCAGCUUCGGUAAGCCCGCCGCCGGCACGGCCGAUUCUGCGACUCCGAAGUUUAGCUUUGGGCCCAAACCCACCAUCUCGGCCGCGACCGACGAGACGAAGAAGGACGCCGUGCCGACGCCUGCUUUCGGCCUCGGCUCGCAGCCUGCGGCGACCCUGUCGUUUGGCAGCAAGCCUAGCACCCCGACGGCGGGAUUCUCGUUCGGCAAGCCCGCCGAGAAGAAGGACGAAGGCGGACAGGACAGAGCGGUGCGUGCUUCGACGACUCCGCCGGACUCCCCGCGCAAGCCGGCUGGCGCCCCGCCGCCUCUGACCUUUGGCCAGCCUGCCGAGGCGGACCAGCCAGUCAAGGUCAAGGAAGAGCCACAGAGCCCGCCGGAUCUGUCCAAGCCGCCGACUCCGUCGCCUUUUGCCGGUUUCGGCAAGCCGGCAGACCAGGGCGCGGCGCAGCAGGCUGCCAAGCCCGCUGAGUCUCCUGCCGCAGCUGCUACCCCAUCGUCGCCGUUCGGCUCCUUUGGACAGACGCAGCAGAGCGGUGGAGGCUUCAGCUUUGGCAAACCUGCCGAGGCUCCGAAGCCCGUAACCUCGCCGCCGGCCGAUCAAGGCGGCGCGGGUGCCAAGCCGCAGCAGAACUUCCUGGGCUUCAACUCGCGUGCGCCUCGAAGCAGCUCGCCGCUUGCAGGUGCGCCCGUCACCAGCGACGACCUGUCGAAAUCGCCAGAGAAGGCCCAGGCUGGCAUCAAGCCCCCCGCGACGCCCAGUGGCGAGCCAAAGCCCGCGUUCAGCUUCGGCAACUUCGCGCCCAAGCCCGCCGCACCUUCGCCGCUCGGUCAGCCGUCCUUUGGCGGCUUCGGUCAGGCUGCUGCCCCGGCCACCUUCGCCCCGCCUCAGCAGCAGAAGCAGCCGGCUGGUGCCGCCCCUCAGAAGCCGAGCUUCUCAUUCGGACCGAGCCCGGGCGCACCGCAGACUUCAUCGACACCGGCUUCCCAGCCUGCCUUUGGCGGUACAGGCGGCGGCAUGUUUGGCAAACCCGCGUCGGGCGCAUUCGGCGCGGCAGCAAUCCCUCCGGCCCAGCCCGCAAAGGCCCCGCUCGUGUCGGGUCAGGCACCGCAGCUCGGUGGCGGCGUCUCGCAGCUGCAGCCAGGCGAGGUGACCGAGAAGGGCAUCCAGGGCGAGUUCCUCAAGGCCUACCUGAUCCUCACCAAGGAGCUCGGAGUGCUCCGCGGCAACGUCAACCAGUGCGCCGCCUUCCUGGCCCAGCUGCGACAGCCGACCGGGCUGCCCGAGUCGACGGCCGACUUUGGCGACGCCUCCAAGUGGUCUUUCGGCGAUCUGCAGAAGAUGCUCGAGCUGACGCGCCGCCUCGAGAGCGAGACGGGCCAGCUCGAGGACAAGAGCACGGGCCAGAAGCGGCAGCUGGCCGAGCUGCAGAGCCUCCAGCUCAAGGCCGAGGCCAAGCGCGAGGAGCUGGCGCGCUUCAUCCGCGCCCGCAGCGACCCCGAGUUUGCCAAGAUUGUGCGCGUGCGCCAGCUGGGCCCGGAACACGUCGAGAACCAGAACCGGCUGCGCAAGACGUCGCAGCUGGUGCGCGACCGCAUGCAGGAGCUCGACGAGUACCUGGCGCUGCUCAAGAACCGCAUCACCAACGAGAAGCUCGGUCGCUCGACGAUGCGCGCGCCCACCCUCGACUCGAUCGCACGCGCCACGCGCAACAUUACGGCCAUGGCCAGCGACCGCGUGCUCGAGCUCGACCACCUGGCGCUGCAGCUCGACAUGCUCCGGGUCAGGCCCGGUUCCGCCGCUGCCGGCCAGCGGCUGCGUGACACCCGGUCCAUGACGGCAUCGAUGGUCUCGAACCGCUUCGCCCGCUCGUCGACGGCCGCACCCGCGGCGCCAUUCGAGUCGGUCGCCUCGCUCGCCGACUCGCUGCCCUCUGCCGGAUCGGGCGCCGUCGCUGCCAAUUCGGCCAACCGAGCCGCCUCGGCCGCGCUGCGCGCCGAGCGCGCCAAGAGGGAGGCCAAGGACGUCUUCAUCGCGGCCCGCUCCGAGCCGCUGCUCAACCGCACCGCCGUGCCCGGCCAGCAGGGCCGACGCGCACCCACCAAGCCGUUUGAGAGCUCCGACCUCCAGAUCGCAUUCGCCAAGGGCCCCGUCCACCUUGCCCAGCGUCCGCCUCCACCGCCAUCCCAGCAGCAGCCGCAGUCGCAGCCGCAAGAAGUGUCCCAGGCGCCCGUGGCUGCUAGUUCGACCGGCUCGCCGCCGCCCCCGACCGACGGAGGCAGGCCGCGAUUCGCUCCGCCGUCUCCGGCCAAGCCUCUGAGCGCCUAUUCGUCGCCCACGCAGCCGUUUGGGUCCCUGCCGGCUCCCCAGCAGCAGUCGCAGAAGCAGCAGAGCAGCUUCGGUGGGUUCGGAAGCUCGCCGCUGACGCCGCUCAAGUUUGGCGCGCCGCCCGCGGCUGGCAUCUUUGACCUACCGCCCGAGGAGAAGCCGUUCAUGCCCGGCGCUCGGCCCAACGAAGGCGGCACGGCGGCGCGUGGCCAUCAUGCAGCGAAGUCGAAGCCGAGGUCGAGCAUUGCCGUCUCGCUGCCUCCUGCCACUGCGAGGGCCGGAUCGCCGGGCUCGCCCGCUGGGCCGGCCAAGGUGUCGGACUUUUUCGCCUCGCCGCCCGCGGGUGGAUCGAGCGCCGCGGCCGCAGCUCCUGCCCCUGCCAAGCCUCCGGUGUUUUCCGGGUUCAAGAAUGUCGGUGGCGGCUUUGGCAGCUUGGGAUCUUCGACGGCGACAUCGUCGCCCGCUGCCUCUCCCGCUGGCUCUGGAACGCCGUUCUCUUUUGGCACCAAGGGGGCUUCCGCUUCGCCCGCGCCUGGCGCUGCUGGAGGAGGCUCGUCCAAGGUCGACAAGAAGGGCGGCGGCUUCAGCUUCGCGUCGCCGGCCACCAAGGCGGAGCCGGUCACGUUUGGCGGGCUGCAGCAGCCCAAGCCGGUGCCUGGCGCCGCGUCCGGAGUGGCGGGCGAGGCGGGCGAGGCGGCCGUGGCGGAGGCGGCGGCUCCAUCUGGCUCGUCCCAAGGCGACGAGGCCGAGGAGAGCUACGGCCUCGAGGGCGACGAGGACGAGGACGAGGACGAGGACGAUGACGACUACGAGGAUGAGGACGACGACGAGGACUACGACGAAGACUACAACGACGAGGACGAAGAUGACGACGGGGAGGGCUAUGAAGACGAAGGCGAGGACGGGGUCGAGGUCGAGGUGGCCGCGGGCGAGGGCGAGGCUGAGGGCGAGGGCGACGAGGAAGGCCUGUCGGCGGUCGAGGAGGAGGAAGAGGAAGAGGAGGAGGACGAGGACGAGGACGAGGACGCGGAAGGGGACGUGCCCAGCAGUGAUACGGUCAAGGCCUGA